AUGUAUUUUGAGCUUUCUGAGUCCUCCGACGCGGACAGUUUACCCAUGCGGGAAAUCCCCAUACUACAUGAGGUGACUGAAACCAGCGACUGGGCUAGCACUCAAAUAGCGCUAGAAGCGGCUCUAGUAGCCCUUGACCUUAAAGGUUCGAUUAAACACCAACUGCGUGGAAAAGUCUCGGCUCUAGAUAACGAUUUAAGUCACCUGACAGCGUUAUUUAAGGAUAACUUCCCGGCAUUUGCUGCCGCAGGCCAGGCGGUUGCGCUAUCGAAGCAACAGAUAUUCGACACUGCAGCCAAAAUAGAACCAGCGGCCAUUUGCGCCAAACGGAUUAUAAUUUGGAAGAGUUUCCCCAAGUUCAAUUAUCCGGUUCAGGCAACCAAAACCCUCUUGAAAAGCCUUACAGCGCCAUCCCUACCCAAACCAAUCGGAGCGUCCUGGCUCAUGUCCGAAUCUAAGAAGACGAAGGUGGGCAUCCUUAUCACCUUCAACUCGGAAUCAGUGGUAGCAGACGCUCUCGCCCAAACCGAGACCCUGAAAAGUGCGUGCAACCUUGUCCGAAGAUCCCUGGUCCCAGAGAUCCCAAACACCGCUGUCUGCCUGUGA